UUUGUGUUGACAUCGGCUCUAUUUCAGCACACACUUUGUAGGUCAAGGGUGUAAUGACACCUCCGCACCCGAGAGGGGCAGUAAUGCAUUAGCUCUUUGUUGCCGGAAGUAGAAGCACAAGGUGAAGCCGUGUCGUGUUCUUUGCUUAAUUUCUACUUUUGUAAUUUUGACGUACAACAUUAUUAUAUAUUAGUCACGAAAGUCGUUUUAAUGACGCUCCCCAUACUAACUUCGCUUGCUAGCUGCAAACAAAGGGCGAAACAAGCAACGCAUACUGCGCAUGUGUGAAUCGCCAUUUUGGGCUGCUCUGGGUGUCAGACCGUCCGAGAUAGCUUUGGAGUCACGACAUGACAAUAUUUGUUUUACUUUCUCUACACCUCCGUGUAAAGGCUGUUGAUUACCCUUAACAUAAACUCACCCCACGGUCUUGUCGGGCUAGCCUAGCUUACACGUCAUUAGCACAUCGCUAAGUGUGAGUGUAAAGUGGGAUCGUGUGAAAAUGUGUCAAGUCCAAAUGCUGAGAGCGUUGGUGAAUCAGCGACUAACUGCGGCUGUUGAAGAAAUAUUUGUAGUGUUGGAAAGAACCAUAGCAGAGUACGAGGAGGAACUUUCUCGAACAAAAGAGGAGAACGAGCGACAACGUCAACUACUGGACGCCGUUUUCAGGAAGCAUCAGGUUGUGUUACACAGAGCAGAUGUCACUGAAGAACAUCUUCCACCCAAGCAGCUGGAGGGGCGCUCCACGGUGGAGCAGGAGGAGCUCCAGCCCCCCCACAUGAAACAGGAAGAGGGUGAGCCCCAGCCCAACCACAUGAAACAGGAAGUGGAGGCUCAAAGCAUCAGUCCGAAGGGAGGGCAUCUGGAAGGACCGGAGGAGUUCCCAGUGAUUGCUGUCCCUAAGAAGAGUGAAGAUGAUGAAAACAACGGUGAAGGUGAGGAGAAGAGAGAGGCGGAGCCUCCAACAGAAGCUGAUGGAGACCACUGUGGAGGAUCACCAGCAGACAAGCUCUUAGCUCCACUAUCAGAUAGUGAGCACACGACGUCACACUCUCCUGACAAGAUCUUCAAGCGUGGGGGCAAUCUGCAAAAACGCACAAUAUGGCGCAAAGGAGAGAAACCAUUCAUGUGCUCAUUUUGUGGCAAAAGCUACUAUGAGACUGCACAUUUGGAGGUCCACACCAGAAUCCACACGAGAGAGAGACGUUUCUCCUGCUCCGUUUGUGGCAAAAGCUUCUAUGAGACGGCACAUUUGGAACUGCACGCCAGAAUCCACACGAGAGAGAGACGUUUCUCCUGCUCCGUUUGUGGCAAAAGAUUUGUACGCAAGUCACAUUUGAAAGUCCACACCAGGAUCCACACUGGAGAGAAACCUUUUUCCUGCUCCGUCUGUGGUAAACGCUGUAAUGUAAAAAGUAACCUGAAAGUUCACAUCAGGACACAUCACAGUGAAAUGGUGUGUGCCAUGAACUCUUCUCUCAAGAGUGAGCUGGAGCUGUAGAAGAGCUGCAGAAGAGCUGCAGAAGAGCUGUAGAAAAGCUGUAGAAGAGCUGCAGAAGAGCUGCAGAAGAGCUGCAGAAGAGCUGCAGAAGAGCUGUAGAAGAGCUGCAGAAGAGCUGUAGAAGAGCUGCAGAAGAGCUGCAGAAGAGCUGCAGAAGAGCUGCAGAAGAGCUGCAGAAGAGCUGCAGAAGAGCUGCAGAAGAGCUGCAGAAGAGCUGUAGAAGGCUUUGUCUGGGGAUAAGAACAUGUGACUUCCCAAGAACUCUAGUGGUUGGCAUGGUAAUCAUUGCACCCAGGUCACUGCGGCACCAUGCCUGCGGGAGGCGCUGCUGCUUCCUUUCCCAUUGCUGUUCAGCAUGUUGUUGCCUGACAUUGACGUAGCAUUGCCUCCUUGCAGGAAUGAAUAUCCUGAAUGUGUACAUUUGUGUACAUUUGUGUGUAUAUGAUGGCAACCGGUCACCAUUGGUGACAACUCGAUAGCGCAAAGCUGCAUGAUCCGCUCAAGGCCAAGCGCAGGCUACCCUACCAGAUGUGAAGCAGUGGAGGAUUGUGAAGGUGACGUGGAGAAGAGGGGUGUGUCACCAGGCCAGGAGUUCUUUUGGCAGAUUCAGAAGGUUCAGUCCCAGGUCACGACUUGCCAACAAAGUCCUUCAUCUGAGUCAAAUAAGCAGGUGGUUCUGUUGGAAUGACUGUCCCCCAGGAGGACUGACACCCCCACCCGCCAUGUUUAAAUACCCCAAUGAUGACCAAGUAUGGCUACCCUGUGCAUAUUCAAGUCAAGUAUAUGUUGUUUCUUUUCCUACAGCGUGACUAAAGCGUGUUUGACAAACUGGGCCAAUAAAGGUGCUUCUGACAUGG